CUGCAGCGUCGCUGAGCUGGUGCAGUGCAAGACACUCGCUCAUCCUCACCGAUGGUCUGCAGAACAAGGGGGACUUUAAAAAAAAUUAACAUCUGAAACAAAAAAAACAUCCUACAUUAACAAAAAAAAAUCUUGAAAAAAUAACAAAACAACAAAAAAUCCAUCAUGAGCUACGAUCCUUAUAUCUCCUACCGCCGCACUUGGGACAGCUACCGAGGCUCUUCUCGACCUUCCACUACCAAAUCCUUCAUGUACCCCCCUCUCUACUCCUCCUCUUCCUCCCGAGCCCUGGGCCUGGCGGCUGGGAAGCAGCGUCCACCCGCCUCUUCCUCACUGCCGGAUGCGUCUGCACGGAUGGACCUGGCUGAGGCCUCCAGCCUCAACACAGAACUGCUGGGGCUCCGCAGUCAGGAGAAGGAGCAGCUGGUGGGCCUCAACGACCGCUUCGCCACCUACAUCGACAAGGUGAGGCGCCUGGAGCAGCAGAACCGGGCCCUUCUGGCAGAGCUGGAGGCUCUCAGGCGGAGGCAGAGGGACCCGUCUCGUCUUCAGGGGCUCUACGAGGGUGAAGCCCGGAGCCUCAGGGCUGCAAUCGACCAGAAGACAGGAGAUAAGAUGCGCAUGGAGGCAGAGAGGGACUACCUGAAGGACGUGUACGGGCAGCUGAAGGAGCGCUAUGAGGAGGAGGCGCAGUGCCGUGCGGUUGCGGAGGAGGCCCUGCAGAGGGCCCGGGAAGAAGUGGGGCGGGCCAUGCUGUCUAACUGCGAUGCAGAGGCCAGCGUUGUCUCCCUGGCCGAGGAGAUGGGCUUCCUGAAGAAGGUGUUUGUGGAGGAGCAGGCGGAGCUGCAGGCCCAGGUUGUGGCGGCUAACGUGUGUGUCGACAUGGAGGUGAGCAGGCCAGACCUGUCUGCGGCACUCAAGGAGAUCCGGGCACAGUACGAGCGGCUGGCCAAUAAGAACAUGCAGGCGGCAGAGGACUGGUACCGGGGGAAGUUUGAGUCCGUGGCGGAGAUGGCAUCGAAGAACAACGAGGCGGUGCGCUCCAUCCGGGAGGAGACCAUGGAAUACCGCCAGCUGCUCCAAUCACGCUCCUCUGAGAUCGAGGCCCUGCGGAACGUCAUCGAGUCGCUGAACAAACAGCUGGAGGAGCUGGAAGAGCACCAGGGGGAAGAGGUCACGAAGUAUCAGGUGAGGAUAAACGAUCUGGAGUGCGACAUCAACGAGGCAAAGCAGGAGAUGUCUCGCUACCUCAGAGAGUACCAGGACCUUCUCAAUGUUAAAAUGGCUCUGGACAUUGAGAUCGCGGCAUACAGGAAACUGCUCGAGGGAGAAGAGUUCAGGCUGACCUUCUCUGCCCUGAACUAAAUCCUCUUCACACUGAACCCCAAUAACCCCGAACCCCAAUAUCUCAAUAGCCUAUACCCUAACCUAAACCAUACUCUUUAGUCUUAUAGCCCUACCAUUGGUCUUCCUUCCACCCGUACCUAAACCCCAUACUACCCCACCCUUACCUAAACCCCAUACUACCCCACACUUACCUAAACCCCAUACUACCCCACCCUUACCUAAACCCCAUACUACCC